UCUAAUUUUCUUCCAAAAUCCAAAUCGUUCCACGCGGUGAAGCCAAUCAGGGGCGACGUGCACAAACGAUUCGCUUUGAAAUCGAGCGAUUUUUAACAAAAGCAACCAACCAUUUUAGAUUUUUGAAGUCCCAAGAGGGAUCAGAUAUUCUUUAUUUUAAAAAUGAGCGAAUUAAAUGCCUCUGCGGUGAAGAAAAUGAAGGUCAACGAUCUUCGUUCUGAACUGACUAAACGUGGACUCGAUACGAAGGGUCUAAAACAAGUGCUUGUUGAUCGACUUUUGGCCGCGUUAGAGGACGAUCAGCCUGUUGAAAUGGCUGAGGAAAUCAAAAAAGAACCUGAACCAACUGCAGAGGAAAGUGCAGCAGUCGAUGAAGACGAGAAAGAAGUGAAAACUGAGCCGAUUGAUGAGGUCGACGAGCAACCUCCGGAUGAACUGAUGGCCGAAGAUGCAGCUGUUGCUGAGGAGGUUUCGGAAGAACAAAACGAAACAAUUGCUGUUAAACAGGAACCACAAGACAAUACGGAGCCCGUAGAUGAACAAGAAGGUAAAGCAGAGGAGGAGGAAAAGAUGGAAAGCGAAGUAAAGGUCGAAGAAACGCCUGAAACUGAGAAUGAACAAAAACAAGAUGAUGAACAACAAGACUCCAUAAUGCAGGAAGCUGAGCCGCAAGACGAAGGCAAAGAUUCAGAAGAGAAGGAAACGGAACCAGAGCCAAAAAAAGAGAAGAAAAGGGAAUCAUUGUUGGAUAUUGAGGAAGAAAAGGAUGAGACUGAUGAGUCGUCUGUUGUGUUCAGUAGAUAUGUAUCAGACUUAUACUUCAAGACAUCACCAGAUGGUUUAACAGGCAAUGUCAUCACUGAUGAAGGUUUUACAUAUAUCUGGGCAGGAGCAAAAACAACCUGGGGUGUCAAUAAAGGCAAAGUUGGUUAUGAGUGCAAGGUUCUGAAAAACAUAGACAAUGAUCUGCCUGAUACUGAGAAGCCAAGGAAUGGUGUUCGUGUUGGCUGGUCUGUUGCAGAGGCUGGCCUUCAACUGGGUGAAGAAGGGUUCUCAUAUGGUUUUGAAAAUACUGGAAAAUCUUGUACUUCCUCAGAGUUCUCCGAUUAUGGAGCGAGCUAUACGCAAGGAGAUGUAAUUGGCUGUUACUUGGAUUUAGACAGCGAGGAACCGACAAUUUCUUACACCAAAAAUGGUGAAGAUCUUGGAGUUGCUUUUACAAUAGUAAAGGAAGACUUGGAAGGGAAAGUGUUGUAUCCUCAUGUUAUCAUUAAGAACACCGAAUGCCAGAUCAAUACCGGUGCACAGGAGGAACCAUGGUUUCCUGUGAAGGAAGGCUACACAUUGAUUCAACAAGUGGAAAACGAAAAUCUUGUUCAAGGUCCUCGUGGAGCGAAGGAAAAAGAAGAUUGCGAGGUGUUAAUGAUGGUUGGUUUGCCUGCUUCGGGUAAAACGACUUGGGUCAACAAGCAUGUUUCCGAAGAGAAAGAAAAAAAUUAUAACAUAAUUGGAACGAACAGCGUCAUGUUGAAAAUGAAGGUGAAUGGGGAAGAGAGAAAGCGUUCAUCUGAAAAUUACGACAAGUUGAUGGAGAAAGCAACGCGUUGUUUAAGAAGAAUAUUCGAGCUUGCUCCGACUAAAAAACGCAACUAUAUUCUCGAUCAAACGAACGUCCAUCCGAAUGCUCAAAAAAGAAAGAUGGAAUCGUUUUCCGGUUUCAAACGUAUCGCGGUUGUUGUUUGCCCCAAACCUGAAGAACUUGAAAAGAGAACGAAAGAGAAGAAGGAAAAAAAGGGUUUUGAAGUUCCUGAAUUCGCUUUGAACGAUAUGAAAGCAAACUUUACACUGCCACGUGUUGGGGAUCUGUUUACUGAGGUCAACUUCAUUGAAGAAGAAGAGGAGGAAGCGAAGAAGAUUGUUGACGAAUACAAGCGGAACGCGCGUUCCUCGCACAACAGGGGGGGCAAUCGUCGCCGGGACGAUCAUUACAAGGGGGGAGGUGGCCGCUUCCAUCCGUACAAACGUGACAACGACUAUCGUUCGAACCGUGGAGGUGGUAUGAACCGGGACAGGCGGUCUGGUGGUCGUGGAGGAGGAGGUUCGAAUUACGGUCGACAGCACGGUGGGUCCAAUGAUCGUCGUAGCGGUGGGGGUCAUAACAAAGGCUACCAGAACUACAACCGGGGAGGUGGGAACCGAAGUGGGGGUAAUCGCGGAGGAGGUAACUUCCAGAAAAAUUUCAACCAGUAUCAACAACAACAACCACAACAGCAACAACAACGUUAUGCAAACUAUGCAGCUACCCCACGAUACAGUUUCCCACCUCAAGCUGCGGCCUACACAGCGUACCCAAGUCCUUAUCCACAACCUGCCUACCCGGCCACAGCAUAUCAACAACAACAACAGCAACAACAAGCGUAUUACUAUCAGCAACAACAAGCACAACAAAACUAUUACCAACAGGCUGGUUACGGCCAACAAGCUGGUUACGGACAAUACCCUCGACGGUUCUAAGGUUAGAUAGUCAUAGAGGGGCCAAAGAAGAACUUACAAAACGUUUUGCAUGUGAUGUCACAAAGCCUUCGGGUAUAUUCUGAGGUUUCUUGUGAAGUUGAAGUCUGUAAUGACAUUCACAUGCAGGUAUGUGAACUCGAAGUUUGAUUGGCUGCCUUUCAUUUUGUAGCCAAUCAGAUGCUUUGUUCGUUAAUUUAUCAAUCUGCUUGUGAAAACAUUACAAACUUCUAACCUUGAAAUGGACUGUAAUUGUGGUGUACGCAGUAAGCUCAAGGCCUUCACGAGCCAAAGGACCUUUCAAGUAGUGUAAAUGGUUCCGCUUUAAUCAUAAAAGGGUAUUUGUAGUUCAGCUGAGCCAUCACUAUUUUUCAUCUGUAAAAUAUCAAACUGUGGUUGCAUGUUAUCUAUAUAUUAUUUUUUGAGUACCACGUAAUGUCGAGAAAAGGCUUUGGAGGUUUUGAUACCAUUAACCACAGCACUUUACCAAGCCACCUUAAAGGCGUCAUACUUCUGUGUUAUUAUAAACCGUACCAUUACAACUCUGUAACAUAAAUAACCCUGUACUGUAAUAUAAUAACCCUGUACUAAUUACUCUGUCGUGAGUUAGCUUGACCGGCAGGCUGUAGCUGAAGUAAUGGUUUAAAAAUAUAAAUAAAAGAACUGAGUGAAGCUCAA